CCGGCCACAAAAUGGCCGCCCCGGCCUCCACAGCGCGGGGGGGCGCAGCGCAGCGCUGGGGCCCGGCGGCAGGGCGGGGCGGCGGGGCCGUGAGGAGGAGGCUCGGCAUGGCGGGGCUGAGCCCCGGGCUGGCGGCGCUGAUCUGCGCCCUCCAGGUGCAGGCUGCCGGCCGGGGAGCCGCCGUCACGCAGGAGCUGCUGCAGGAGGGGUUCCACAGGGACCUGCUGGUGAAGGUUGACCUUGGGGAAACCGGGGAGUGGGCUGGAGGAUGCACGGUGGUUGCUAGAAGUCACCUGCCGCCAGGAAUCUACGUGGAUCCCUACGAGCUGGCGUCGCUGCAGCAACACAACUUAACGAAGGCGGUGUUAAUUCCUGACGUCGUUGAUGUGGAGGCUCCUGAGUACUCAGCCACAGGCCUUGUGGUUCUCCUGUACCUGGAACGCGACCCUCGCUGUUCACACUGUUUCAGAGGUGUUUUGCCUGUGCAUGUGCGGUACCACCGGCCGGCAGGGGAUGGGGAGGAGGCACUGGUUGCUCUGAAGAGUCCAGAAGUACUGGUCUGCUGCUGCGAUGAUCACCUGUCAACGGAGAGCUGGAAGCCUGCUGAAGUGGAAGCUCCCUGCUCAGGGAAAAGGGACUACCCCUGCCAGUGGUACAGCGCAGCACACAAACCUGCAUAUGAAGAAUUGACUCUUCAGGUUCCAGUGGGGCUCAAGCAACAUAGUGCCUUAGUGUGCGUUGUGACUCUUCUUGCCACGGUGUUCUGUUCCAGUCUGAUUCUUGCUGCUGUAUGCAAGCACGGACACUUCUUCUCCCUAGUCACCUGCUCAGAAUAAAGAAACAAGGAGCAACUGAGCUCUGUGCAGCAAAACUAACUCAGUGUUACAUUGGGUUCCUAAGUGAAUCCUUCUCUACUGUUAUUUAUAUCUUGGUAAUUCAUGCAGGUCCCGUAACAGAUUAUAGUUCUCUUGGCCUAAUUCUUACAAACACCUUUCAUGCACAGAAGACCACUUUGGUAUACUGUGAAUAGACAAAGCAGAUGGAGGAUAGCAAUAGAGCUGCAGAAAGCUGAAAGGACUGCCACAGGCAGUGCAGCAGUAGUCAGGAACAGAGUCUCAGUCUCUGAUUCCCUGCCCCAGGCCAGGGCCUGCUUCAGCUAUAGUGCUGCUCCUUGCAGAGGUGUUUGUAAUUUCUUGAAUUCAAACCACCUGAUUGGGGAGUAGUUAUUAAGGGUAUGAAAAACAUUAUCUAGUCAUAAAUGUUUCUGAAUUUGAAGCUUGUUUAAACUGUCCACGUGGGUCAUGCGUGAAUUUGCAAAGAGGAAUUCUUUAUUUGGGACCGUAGAAGGCUUAAACAAUCUGUGCUCUGCUAAGGACUAGGAGGGAUUAGUUGCUCUUGGUCAAAUCAUUCAGAGUUGAAAGAGCUUAGAAAGUUUGAAAGGAAUUUCA